AUGCCUGAUCUCAAGGGUGUAUUCACUGUCAGUUCAGCUAAGGAAUUGGUGCGCCAGAAAUAUCCAAUUAUGGAGGGUUCUUCGCUGCUUUGGAGGAAAGAAAUACAUCCAGUUUUAGCUGCUCAAAACUGGAAAUUUAUGCGUGGAGUCUGUGCUACUUAUGACUUGCUAGAGGCGCGUUUCAAAAUUCCGCUAGCUAGCAAGUGCUGUCUUUGUGGAAUCGCUGAAGAAACUUUAGAUCAUGUGUUGUUCAGCUGUAGUUUUGCAGCUCGUGCUUGGACAUGGAUUUCGCAAAUUUUUGGUCUAACUCCUAAUAACAAUCGCAUUAUUUGUUUUAAGGCAGCUAAGGGAAAGAGUCAGAUGGUGCGUGAGUUGUGGCUGCUUGCUAAUCUUGUGAUUAAAUCUGAACUUUGGGCUUUGAGAAACAAGGGCGUCUUUGAGCAAAAAAAGCCAAACUGGAACAUGUUUUUUAAACAUGUUUUGAAGCUGAUUCAGGACUACUCGGUGCGGCUAAAGGGGUACAUGAAUAAUUGUGCUGAAGAUAUUGUUAUCUUGGAUUACUUUCGAGUUCAACAUAGGUGGGUCAAAUUUCAACAACCGAUUGAAUGUUUUUGGCAUCCUCCCGAAAACAAUGAAAUCCAAUUAUGUUGUGAUGGUGCGGCGAGAGGGAAUCCGUGCAGGGCUGGUGCUGGUGUGGUAGCUAGGGAUUCUUCUUGUAAUAUUACUGGUGCUAUGUCUAUUGGCUUGGGUGUCACUACUAAUUAUCUGGCAGAAUUAUAUGGCAUUAUUACUGGGAUGGAAUGGGCUACAAGAUGGGGAGUUAGGCGUAUUUGCAUUCAUUCAGACUCUUCUAGUGUGGUGGAGGCUUUCAAUAAUUCUAAUCUGCCUUGGUUUUCAAGACGGAGGUGGUUACAAGUGUGUAGGAAUUAUGAUUCUAUAAAAUUUAUUCAUACCUACAGGGAGGCAAAUUUUGCAGCGGAUACUGUGGCUAAGCGAGGUUGUUAUCUGGAUAACGAAGUAGGAGUUCACUAUGAUGGAAGACCCAGUUUUUUGUUUUCUGUUGAAUUUCCAAAUGUUGCUUAG